GCACGAGUGAGUGAAGUGUUGUGAAGUUGACGUUCUGUCGUCGGCAUGUGGAUUUAUUUACAAUUUAUUAAAGUUUUUGAGAAUUUUGUUAAUAAAUGAUACUCUAAAUAAACGGCUACAACAUGAAAAGUAAACCAGUUAAACAUAAGUCUACGAAUACUUUUCGUUUUGUUCCUUUUGCGGAACGAAUCAAUGCUAUCGACAUCCGUCAUGCUGCUCUUUACCACAUUGAGCAUGCAUAUGCACAGCAGCCUGAAGAAAAUGAAACUCAUUUCUUCGUGGCACUACAAAAGUGGCAUGUGCUCAACUUGACAGAUAAUUUUAAAAAGUUUAGGAAGGAAGUCUUUGGUAUAAUAACUGUGCCGCAACUUGUUCACAAGAAAGAUGAAGUUGUUGAGAUAUUGGAAAGAUAUUUGAAACUAGAAGACCAACUGUGCUUGCAGCCUCUGCUUGAAAUCCUAGUGUCAGUGGCAAAAGAUUUGAGAGAAGACUUCUAUCCAUACUUCCCAAGAUUUUUGGAUAUCCUUAUAAAGCUGCUAAACACUAAGGAUGCUGAUAGACUAGAAUGGACUCUAGUAUGUUUAGCAUUCUUGUUCAAAAUCCUGAAACCAUACUUGAAAAAGGACAUAGCAGUGGUCUUAAAGAGGAUUAUACCUUUGCUAAGUGAAUCUCAACCACAAUAUAUAAAUAAUUUUGCUGCUGAAAGCUUUGCUUUUGUUGCAAGAGAUAUAAGGGACAAAAAGAAGUUUGUUAGUCUUGUUCUAAACUAUUUGCAGACUAAUGAUGAUGCUAUUGCUGGUUGUGGUCACCUAAUAUUUGAAAUACUGCGGGGAGUGACUGGAAAAUUCCACAGUUGUAUAGAAACAUUCCUUCCCCUGCUUCUUCAAUAUCUUAAAGAAAAUAAGGAACACCAAGAAAUACUGUUCAAAGUGCUAACACAGACAAUAGAGGAUAGUUUGCAAGUUAUAUCACACAAAGAAUAUGGUGUAUUCUGGUCAAGCAUCAUUAAAUUCACUGAAGAAAUAUUGAAGGAUGAUGAUGAAGAAAGUAAAGGUUUGGAAUACAUUUUAAGGCUUGCUGGUCAGGUCAUAGAACAUCAGCAGGGGAAGUAUCUGAUAAACCCCCCACAGUUUGUGCUGUUACUCAUAAAAGUUAUUUGUGAACAGUCCUCUGAGAGUGUUCUGGAAGUAUGCUCUCAAAUAGGAGCUGUUCUACUUCUUUCCCCAAAUGUUUCUUUAUCUCAAGAACAUGCUGGAAUCAUCGUCAAAGUUCUACUGCCUUUACCAUUCCCAAACAUAUUGAUAAACUUUGUACAGAAUGUAAUUGAAUAUUCACAGUUUGAUUUACACAUCUUACCUCCUUUUAUUAAAUUUGUCAUUCAGUCCAAUUUCGAUAAUGAGGCUCUAGGCACUCUAACUAAGAUAUGCCUGAAAAAAUCACCCUUGUCUAUGAAUGGUAUAAAGUUAUUUGAGUGGGUGAAAUACCCUUUGGACUUUGGAAAGAACCUUUCGAACUUUAUGGAGCAUUUUGAGAAUGUCAUGUCAGAAGACAUAGAGAAAUAUGUGGAGAAUCCUGUGAGGCUUACAAAUAUUUUGUUUUGUUUGCCACAUGUUGAAAAAAUUGAUGUUGACCAUUGUGUGAAGAUGCUAGCCCAGUUGAUAUCAAAACUGUUGGUUAUAUUGAAGAGUUACAACCUAGAGAACCAGCCUAAGGAGAAUAAAUUCCACUGUGACACUACUGCACUAUCAAGAUCAGCUAGGAAAGUUCUUUUCAUACUGUCAGUGGCUCUAGAAAGUGCCGUUCAUAUAUCAAGUUGUAAGAAGCUGAAUGAGAUUUGUGACAUAGACACAUUGUUGCCUGUAAUCCUGCCAUGUGCUGCGGAUCCCAAUUACCUUUGCUCCCUGCACCUUCUAGAUUUGUAUCUCACAGCUUAUGAACAUGAGAAUGGAUUAACUUAUCCAUAUUUGGCAUUAGUUAAUUCAUACCUCAAAACUAAUGUGUCUUCUCCUUUUCAUGUGGUUCGCCUUCUAACUACUCACAUUUACAAACUGUUUGAAAAUAUAGAAGAACUUAAUAAAACUGUAGAAGUUGGUGGUACAGUGGAGAAAUUCUCAAUAUUCAGCAAAUGUUAUUCAGUCGAAUCCAUAAAGCCAUCAAUCCAAGAGUACAGGGCUCAGUUGAACCUGCUUCAGAAGAUGGCCUUCAAUACCAGUCAGUAUGCUCUAGCAAAAGAUACAGAUUUCCAUCUGUUUGCUCUAAAUUACAUGCUUGGCACUUUAUAUGUCAAUUUCAAACUGCUCUGGGAACCAGUAACUGAGUUUAUAGCAGGUUAUGGAAACUCCUUAAAUGUAGACGACUUCUGGCCGACUUUCCAUAGUGCAUUGGAAUCCUCAUUUUUAAACGCAAAGAAAAAUCUCAAACAGUUCCAAUUUGAUGAUGAAUUAGACACAAACUUUGAAAUACUACAAACAUUAUAUUCUGAUUACAAUAGCAUUAGUGAAAGGCCUGACUUGUACAAUUAUAGGAAUUUGAUCCUUAAAGUUAUGAUGAAUUGCAUCCAAGUUUGUGAAGCAAGGAAUCGCGAUGUCGUAGUUUUGUUCUUGAAUUUCAUUGACGAGGAAUACAGGAAGAAUGACCGGAUGAAUGCUCUUAAAAUUGAUAUGGAGACACAUGGUAAUAAAAUGGAAACUGAUGAUGAACAGCCUGAAGAAAAUACUGAAAACAAUGAAGAAAUCAUUGAAGAGGUGGAAGAAGAUCCUAAGGAAACUGUUUCAGGAAAAAUUGUUUUUAAAACUCUCAUCAAUAUAAUGCAAGUGUUAUCUCAAUUUAAAAACCCGAGAGCUUUACAUAAGGAACCAGUUUUCUGGGAACUGUACAUGGAAUUUUUAAAACACAAAAACCCUGGCCUGCAGAAGUAUGCUUUGGAUUGCGUACUGAACUACAAAAACAAAAAUGUUAUUCAGUAUAAAAGCAAUUUGUGCAACUUGGUUGAUGAGAAGAAAUUCAAAGAUGAACUAACUCUAUUUAAAAUCACCGAAGAUGCCAAAAGUAUUCAGUCUGAGGAUAGAGAACAUGUAGUUCCUAUUAUUUUAAGAAUACUUUAUGGAAAGAUGACAUCAAAACUUGUAGCAGAAAAGAAAGGAGGUGGUCAAACGCGACGAUCACUUGUAAUGCGGUAUCUGGCUGGCUGUACCGAAAAUGAACUAAAAAUGUUCAUUGAAAUGGCUUUCUCGUAUUACAAAGAAUACUUAGAUAUGAAACCUCGUGAGAUAUAUGAGAAAAUCAUGACUGAAAUGGACUUGAAGUCCGUAACCAGUCCUGGAAAGCUUCACAGCAUUUUGAAUUUGUUUGAAGUGGUUCGAGAAUAUUUUGGAGGAUACAUGAAUGAUGCGUUGUUGUCGCAACUCUUCAAUAUAUACUUUGCCAUUUGUAGUACUGUGGCAGUUGUACUAAAUCAAGGAGACAAGGUACAUGUAGGGUAUGUGAAGGUCAUGAAAAAUCUUCGUACGUUAGCUUUAGGUACCACAAGGAAGCUAUUUGAACAAUUUACAAAAUACCCGUGGAGUAAAGAUGAGUUAUUUGUCAUGUACGAGACAAUAAUUUGGCCAUUGAUGCCAAAAUUACACAUUGAAGUGGAAUCUCCUCAAAAUGUUACUAUCAUCAAUUUCGGUAGUAAAAUUCUGAUACCGCACAUACCAAACAUAUUAGAAGUCAUGAAGAGACGCAUGGCGAACUCUGCCAAGUCAAACACUGUUAAUAAGAGAGAUUUGCUGAUUUUGUCAAGAAUUACAGAAUUAGUUGCAUCACCAGAGCUCUGUGAUGAAUUGCUUAAUCUGCUGCUACCAAUAUUAGUCAAGAAAGUAUGCAUGAAUAUGGCGGAAGAAAAUAUGGAACACGCUGUAAAUACUAUAAUUAAUUUACUUGGACACAGUUCCAAUCCUCAAAUCUACAUAAAGAAUAUAGCCGUGUUGUUCAACAAAGUCGGCCCUGUAGAAGUUAGAAAAUUGCUACUAAAAUUACUAUCGUCAAUAGCUGAAGGUGCUACUAAAAAUAAAGAUGUGCUUACAAGAAUGGCGGACACAGUUGCAGAAAUGAAUGCUUUCAACAAAAGAUGGAUUGAACAGCCAGAUUUUGAUAGAAGAAUCGAUGCAUACAAGAAGAUCUACCAGUUGUUAGACAAAGAUGAAAUUGACGUAGAUCUCGCAAUAUUAAUAGUAAACAAUUGUUUCUACUUUAUUCGAACUGAAAAAGACAUUGGUCUGCGCGACAGAAUAAGAGAUACUAAAAAUGAAUUGCUAAGGAAUGAGUGUAUCAACUUACUUGGUGAACUGGCUAGAGAAUGUCCUGAUGCUGAUGUAGUUGUAUCAGAUCUGGCUCAUUUCGUGAACAAAGAAGAUAGAGAAGUAGAUUUCUUUGACAAUAUGUGUCACCUUCAAAUGCAUAGACGUGUAAGAGCACUACUAAAAUUCUGUAAAGUUGCCAAAAAGAUGACGAAGUGCCCUACACCUAGGACCUUGACUAACUUCAUUCUCCCUCUAGCGUCUAUGUAUAUUUGUGAUGAUAAAUAUACGGAUAAGAACACUUUAAUUGACGCAUGUAUAGAAGUAGUGUCUACUUGUUGUAGAUUGCUACCUUGGUACCAUUAUGAAGUGAUAUUAAAGCUUUAUCUAAAUAAAAUGCGACAUUCUUCAGAGCAUCAAAAGCAGUUGACUCGUAUAUUGGUUGGAAUUAUAGAUGCAUUCCAUUUUGAUUUUUCUAAAGUUAAUAAUAUAGAACUGCCUAAAGCUCUGAUAACAAAUGUACAUCAGUUUAAAAUGGCUAAAGCGUCGGAGAAUAAGGAAAAUUUGGAAAAUGGUAAGGAAGUAGUUGAAGAUGAAGAAGAGAAAGAAAAUGGAUCUGAAGUUAAAGACAAUGUUGAAUUAGAUGAAGAGAGCGAACUGAAAGCCGCAGAUGAUGAGAUAGUCGAGGAGGAACCUAGCAAAGAGGCUACAAAUAUACCAGCCUUUGAAAGAAUAACGAAUGUGUCUCCGUCAGUAGCUAAGAGAAUAAUCAAAUCGCUGACUGCUGGAUUAUUGCCACAAUUAAAUCGUGCUAUCGGCAAAAUGACAGAACACGAAGAGUCUCAUAAGGUGAAUCGUCGUAAGACCGGCUUCGAUCGGCAGGAAGAGGAUAUGUUGCGAGUUCCCAUAGCCUUGGCACUUGUCAAGUUAUUGCAGAGACUGCCUGGUGGUCUGUUGAAACAUCAGUUGCCUGGAAUCAUCAUAAAACUCUGUUCAUUCCUCAAAUCACCUUUAAAGCAAGUCAGAAUAACGGCGCGAGAUAUCGUCAAAAAGAUUAUGCUGACUGUUGGAACUUCAUACCUAGGAGUUCUGCUUGAGCACUUAACAUUAUUACUAACUAGAGGAUUCCAAGUGCAUGUCUUAGUCGCCACAAUACAUACAGUACUGGAUGCUUUGAAAUCAGAAUUCAAACCAGGAGAUCUCAAUAAUAAUCUACAUUACAUACUAGAUGUGUGUACAAAUGAUCUUUUCGGUGCAUUAUCCGAAGAGAAAGAAGUUGACAAAUUACACUAUAAGACCCCAGAAGCAAAACCCAGCAAGAAAAGCUACGUCACACUAAUGAUAGUGUCUCAAAAUAUAACAGAACAGUGCCUUAUCAAUUUGGUCCUGCCUUUCAAAGAAGUCCUGCAGAAACAUCAUUCAAAGAAAAUAGUAUUAAAGGUUCAAGAAGCCCUCAUGCACAUUACUAGUGGUUUAGUGACCAACAACUUCAUAGACAUUGAAUCGCUCUUCAUAUUCCUACACGGCGUGGCUUCAGAAAGCAUACCAGAGUUCGUACUAGGUGCUCCAAAGCGAGAGAUAACUGAAAAACAAAGAGAGUCAAUGCUAAGAGCGAAACCAGAUUGUUUCCUUAUUCCUGAAACUCCAAAACGUAAUAAGGAAUCCCAAGCUAAACACGUUAGAACGUCUGGUAAGGCUAACGCUCAUGUUUUAGUAGAAUUCAGUUUGAAUAUUCUAUACGUAAUUCUGAAGAGAGAAAAGGUACCGAGGAUGGACUGCAGAGCAUUUGUAGAUCCACUUAUACCUCUACUAGUAGAUGCUUUGAAAAGUGACCACGUAAAGGUGACAACGGUGGCCAUGAAGUGCAUAGCGACUUUGUGGACGAUCAGAAUAUCCACGCCAAUGUUAGAAGAAAUGAUUCAAGAUAUUGUUAAAACCAUAUUUAUAACUUUACACAAAUAUGCCACGUUUGAAAUAAGCAAACAGAAUGAUAACUUCAAUUUAGUUAGGACUGCUUUUAAGGCGGUAACAGUUCUAGUCCGUAAUGUAAAAUAUUAUAAAUUAGAGGAGGAACAGUUGAAAACUUUACUUUUGUAUGCAGAAGAAGAUUGUCAGAAUGAUGAGAAGCAAUCGAACUCAUUCUCUCUACUGAAAGCCAUAUUAGAAGCUAGAUUAGUAUCCAAUGAAUUGCACGAAGUUAUGGUGAAAAUAUCAAGGAUCUGUAUAUUGAGUGAAUCUGCAAGAUCUCGAGAUGAAGCUCGCUUGAUAUUUGUCACCUACUUAACUCAUUACUCACCUGGCAAACGACUGGAGAAGUUCAUAGACUUCUUCGUGACCCAGCUCAACUAUGAACUCCAGCACGGCAGAGAGUCUUCAUUGAAAUUCUUAGAUAUGAUUAUAAAUAAAUUGAAUGCGGCACAACUAUCAAAGCACGGUUCUCACCUCCUACUAGCAUUGGGUACAUGUAUGAUCAACGAUAGUGCGCCCGAGUGCCGCGCCGCAGCCGCGGGAUGUAUCGAAGCUAUGCUUAAAAAGUUCCCGGUAAAAGAGAGAAAUAAACUAUUCAAUGUAGUUAUGAAUUUCUUCAAAGAUAACCAGCCAAUACACUUCGAACUAGCUGCCCAACUAAGCACACGAUUCGUGAACGUAGAACAAGAAGAUUUUAAGAACAGACUCAAUACAAUCUUAUCCUUUGUUAGCGGCAAAAUAUUAUUGUUAAGUAACGACGUUUCUGAGGGUCGUUUCGUAAAAAUAACCCUCGAACAAUCUGAUGACAAGACUGAUGAAGAUAAACAGAAGGAAAAGGAUCAUAGUUUAAUUCAAAUAUUGAACUUGAUCGAGAAGAUUACUUUACAUUGCGCGUCCAGUUUGACUGAUAAGAAGUACACGCAAGAAUUUGAUGAUAUAGGACAGCAUUGUAAAGCGUUGCUGGCGUAUCCCCACGCGUGGGUAAGGUUAAAAUCUGCGAACAUAUUGGGGCAGUUGUUGUCUGUUGUUGAUGCAGAAGAAUUAGAUAAUAUAGUGAAGAAGAAGGUUGAGUGUGAUAGAGGAUUUAUUUAUGAUGAGACUGAAGACGUUUUGAGGAGUUUGGUGCUGGAUUUAUGCGCGCAGUAUACUACAGGGGCUUCGAAAGAAAUGGUUGAACAGGUGACAGCAGUAUUAUUCCUAAUCCUAAAAUUAGUGCACUCAAUGUCAAGUUUUAAGCUAGACAAGAAACCUCAGCAGACGGACAGCGAGGAAGCCGAAGGUGGAAGCAGGAUGAACAUUCGUUGGAUCCUGUUCAAAUUAAGAAGAGCCAUCAAUGUCGAAGUGGCGAGAGCACCUAGUAAUAUGAAUAUUAGAACAUCAAUAUUUACAAUGUGGACACAUGUGAUCAGUGCGUUAGAGAGCCAAGACGUGAAUAAAGUGAUCGACGUGAUUCUCCCGCCAAUAGUCCGUGAACUGUCAACGGGUGACGCGACCACGCCCGCGACCAUAGCCAAGCAACUGGCCGGUAGACUUGGAAAGAAAUUACGACGAAAGAUUGGAGAGAUAGAGUAUAGUAAACUCGUUGCUGAAGCACAGAUGAAGCUGAAUAUCAAGAGGGCUGAGAGGAAAAAGUUACUUCUCCAAGAGAAAGUCAACAACCCGGAGAAGGCAGCUAAGAGAAAACUUCAACUGAAGGAAAAGAAGAAACAAUUCAAGAAGGUCAAAAUGGAAAUGUUACAGGGCAAGAGGCCAAGGCCUAAGAAACGGAAAGCUGAGGACUUUGAUAUCGAAGACCAAUUGCUUAAUGACGACUAGGGCAAACAUUUACGCAAUUAUUGUUACAUGAAUAUUUGUACGAAAGGCCAAGUCUAG